AUGGCACACCUUGUUGAAGGAUCCUCCAUCAUUGAUGGAACAUGGCAGUUGCCAAUUUUGGUCACCGAUUUGAACAUUUCAAGAUCCGUAUAUGUCCGUGGAGAUCUUCACAUCGGUGGUCUUAUGCUCCAACUUGUCAAUGAAUGUGACACCGAACGUGAUUGGUCGGACCAUGCUCUCUGGUGGCCCGAGAAACGAAGAUGGCUCCAGCACACUCGUUCCACUCUUGACCAGAAUGGAAUCACUGCUGAAACUCAGUUGGAGUUCACUCCAAUGCAUAAGGAUGCCAGAAUCCAACUUCCGGACAUGCAAAUGAUCGAUGCUCGAGUUGAUUUCUCAGUAAACUCAUUCAAAGCCACCAAGAAGUUAUGCAGAGAUCUCGGAAUCCGAUAUUCAGAGGAAUUGUCGUUGAAGAGAUACAUUCCACCAGAUGAUCUUCGUCGUGGAACUUCUGACGCUGACAAUCUCAGUGGACCAGUUUCAAUGCGUCCAGGAGAGGAAUCAAUCGGUCCGAUGACCCUUCGAAAAGCCACUCCAAUUUUCGCUUCCCAAUCGAAUCUAGACCAUCGUCGACGUGGAAUGUCUCCUGCUCUCUCCCAAUCUGGUCACAUCUUCAAUGCCAAUGAAAUGGGAACCCUUCCACGUCACGGACAUACACUUCCAAGAGGAGUCAGUCCAUCUCCAGGAGCAUACAAUGAUACUAUGAGAAGAACACCAAUUAUGCCAAGUAUUAGUUUCAGUGAAGGAUUGGAAAAUGAGCAAUUUGAUGAUGCUCUUGUGCAUUCUCCAAGACUUGCUCCAACUAAAGAUACACCUGUUUUCCGACCACAAAAUUAUAUUGAGAAGGCAGCAAUCAAUCGUGGAUGGUUGGAUUCUAGCAGAUCUCUCAUGGAACAAGGAAUAUUUGAAGGAGAUAUUGUUCUUCUCCGAUUCAAAUUCAUGAAUUUCUUCGAUUUGAAUCCAAAGUAUGAUCCAGUGAGAAUCAAUCAACUUUACGAACAAGCCAAAUGGAGUAUCCUUCUUGAUGAAUACGAUCACACUGAAGAGGAAGCUACACUCUUUGCUGCCCUUCAACUUCAAGCCACCCUCCAAAGAGACUCUCCAGAACCAGAAGACAAUAAUAAAGAUGACGUGGAUAUUCUUCUGGAUGAACUUGAACACAAUCUUGAUGCUGCAGCUCUCAACAGACGGUCAGAUUUGACACAAAUUCCAGAGUUGACUGACUAUUUGAAAUAUAUGAAACCCAAAAAGUUAGCUGCAUUCAAGGGAUUCAAACGAGCAUUUUUCUCCUUCCGUGACCUAUAUUUGACAUAUCAUCAAAGCUCCGCUGAUACAAACUCAGCUCCACUGGGAAAUUUCUCGUUGAAGGGAUGCGAAGUCAGUCCGGAUGUUUCAGUCAAUCAACAAAAAUAUCAUAUCAAAUUAUUAGUUCCAACUGCUGAAGGAAUGAUGGAUUUCAUUUUGAAGUGUGAUUCAGAGAUUCAAUAUGCUAGAUGGAUGGCUGCGUGUCGAUUGGCAUCCAGAGGAAAGACCAUGGCUGAUUCAUCAUUCCAAUCUGAAGUUGAAUCCAUCAAAAAUUUGUUGAAAAUGCAAAAUGCCAACGGAAGCGAAAAUGGAAACAACACAUCCUCUAGAAAAGCGAAUGCUGUCAAACUGCCAAACGAUUUCAAUGUCGAAGAAUAUAUAUCUUCCAAAUACGUUAGAAGAGCGAAAAGCAAACAAUCAAUCCAGCAGCGAGUAUCAGAUGCACAUGGAAAUGUUCGACAACUCACAGCCACCGAAGCAAAGUUACAGUACAUUCGGGCGUGGCAAGCACUUCCAGAACAUGGAAUUCACUAUUUUAUUGUAAGAUUCCGAAAUGCCAGAAAGGCUGAAUUGGUUGCAGUGGCGAUCAAUCGAUUGGCAAAAUUAAAUAUGGAUAAUGGAGAGAGUUUGAAGACGUGGAGAUUCUCGAAUAUGAAGAAGUGGCAUGUCAAUUGGGAGAUUCGGCAUCUUAAGAUUCAAUUCGAAGACGAAGAUAUCGAAUUCAAGCCUCUCUCGGCCGAUUGUAAAGUGGUUCACGAGUUCAUUGGAGGCUAUAUUUUCCUAUCAAUGAGAAGUAAAGAACAAUCACAAACGCUUAAUGAAGAACUUUUCCAUAAACUUACCGGAGGAUGGGCAUAA